AAAUAAUUAUUUGAAAAUAAUAUAAUUAAGGACUGCUGCCGCUGCAGCGAAUAUUGUGAAAACCAAUGUUUUGGUCGCGCCGCGAAGUGCAUUUUUUUCUGAAUCGGACAAAUAAUAAUUCGUGAAAAUUUUGCCUGCAUCUUCGCACACUCAGCCCCUCUCCCGAUCCCCCGGUCAAGAAGCAGAAAAUCAAAUGUAAUGUGAUGUUAAGUUAAUUGCACAAAAAAAGUGUAAUCGAAAGGAAAGGAGAAGCAGCAGCAGCAGAAGGAAGACACAACAAUAAAAACGAGAGGAAAUCAAUAAUAAUAAUAACAAUAAGGCAGUAAAUAACAGAAGAAAGAACAGCAGAAGUGGGAGCCGUAGCGCAGCGGCCGGACCUGUGCCUGUGUGUGUGUGUGUGUGUGUGCGUGCGUGCGUGCGUGUGCGUGCAUAUAGCAUGUAGUAUUGUUGUAACAAACAAAACGAAAGGCGGCCAACAACAACAUACAACAAGAAAACAUAAUGAAAGCAAAUGAGCCAAAUCAAGCAGCAGAAGCAUCAGCAGCAGCCGCGUCCAACGUCGACGACGACGUAGCAGCCGCCGAUGCCGCCGACGCACGGGAAGCACCGAAAACCGCAUGACAAGGAAAUGGAAAAUUUUGUUGAAAAUUCUUUGGAAAAGCGAACGAACAACGCGAAUCAAAAAUUAACAAGAAUUCAAAGUAAAUCACAGAAACAGAGCCACUAAAAAAAGAAGAAGCACCAGCCGGGCGCCGCACCAGUAACAAUAAAUAAAAGAAGCAGCCUAAAUAAACUAAAGACGAAGACGACGACAAAGACGAAGACGAGGAAGAAGAAUAAGAAACAGCAGUAGAGCAGAAGCAGAGAAGAAACAAAGCAGUGCAUGAAUAGGAAUAUAAGAAAAAGUGCAGGAAGAAGAAGCAGGAGAACCGGCAGGUUGCGCCCCCUCCCUCUCUCACCCAUACCAUCUCACACACACACUCUUAUCACCCAACCACCAGCAGCAGCAGCAGCAGAAGCAGCUCCACCACCCAUUCUCAUAGCAGGAGGACUGGGGGAUAAUACCAUGGCAAGCAGUGCAACAAAUGCAGCAAGCAUCAGCCGCAGCACAAGCACAAACAGUAGCAGUAUCACUGCACUGCCAUCACUAUUCUCAUCUGCAUCCGCCUCCGCCGCCGCCGCUGCUGCAGCAGCCACCUCAAAGGACAUGGACGGACUGAUUGCCAUUAAUGAUAGCGCAUUAUCGCAACAAAUCGAAUUUAUACUACAAGAUGCUCCCAUGGAGCAGGAUGAUGACCAUCAACAGCACCACCACCACCACCGGCACCACCAUCACCACAACCAUCAGCAUCAACACCACCAGCCGCAGCCACAGUCGCAGCAGCAGCACCACCACCAGCCGCAACAGCAACAGCAGCAGCAGCAGCAACAGCAUCAACAACAGCAUCUGCAACCACAUCAUCAGCUGGUAGUAGGAGCUGGGGCUGGAGGUGGAACAGCGGCCAAGCUCCUCGAGAAUAACCACCCACCGACAACAACAACCACUGCAGCAACCGCAACGGCAACCAACAGUGCUUCCGUUUCCACCUACACCACUAGCAGCAGCAGCAGCAGCAACAGCAACACCAACAGCAAUAACAAUCACCUGGAGGAGCAUCACCACCUGAUGAUCCAACAGCAGCAACAGCAUCUGCUUAAUGGCCGGCGUGUUAUCAUCCAGUCGACCGGCAACAGCAGCACGGCCACAGUACUGGCCGCCAGCGACAUCAAGGAGGAGGAGCUGGACGAGGAGGAGGAGGAUCCCGAGCUGAACGAUGAGAAUCUGCAGGAUAUCGAGGAGGAGGCCCAGGCGGCCGAAGCCGACGAGGAGCCAGAGACGACCGCACAGCAGCAUCCGCAUCUUCAGACUCGCGUCAAGAUCGAGGUGGAGGACGACGAUAUGCCCGAAGACGAUGACGAUGAGGAAGAGGACGAAGACGAGAACAUGUCGGUGGCCCAUCUCCAGCGGCAGCAACAGGCACAAGCCCAGGCCCAGGCCCAAUUGGAAUAUCAACUGCAAUCGACGCAAGCGGUCGGGGCAGGCGCCCAACAAUUGGUGCAGCUGCCCGCCGGCAGUCUAAUGAGCACCUCGAGUACUCGCACUAUGACUGUGCCCGUCACCGAGGCGGCACUUGUCCAGCUGCAGCGCCGUCCCGUGUAUAUCAGCAAUGCUGUGGGCGGACUGUCCGCCGGCACCACCUAUGUACGAAUGCCAGGAGCGGCCGUGAUCAGCCGCAGUCCGAUGACGGUGCUGAAUGUGGUGCAACAGGCGGCGGCUCUACCCGCCACCCAAUUGAUCCUGCAGGCCCAGAGCCCAACGCCACAACAACAGCAGCAACAGCAGCCCCAAGUCGAUCAGCAGCAGCAGCAGCAAAUGGCCAUUAACCAACAGCAGCAGCAGCAGACACAAUCGCAAUCACAGCAUCCGCCACAGCAACAGCAGCAGCAGCUACAGCUAUCAUCCCAUCCCGUGAAGCACCAACAAGCAUCGCCAGCAUCCAGCUCUUCCCCAUGCAGCAGUAGCGGCAGCAGUGGAGCCAGCAGCACGGGGGCCACCGCCAGCUCGUCGAGCAGCUACCAGUGUAUGGAGUGUGUGGAGAAAUUCGAAUCGAAGGAGCUGUUCGACAUCCAUCGCAGCGGGCAUGCCAACAACAUGAAGUGCGCCAUCUGCAACAUGGUGCUCAAGUCGCUCAAGAAUUACGAGAAGCAUUGCCUGCGAUGCAAGCCGUACGAAUGCCAGAUCUGCGGCCGGGUGGUGCGCUUCCGGCCCAACUUCAUCAAGCAUAUGCGUGUGCACACCGGCCAGCAGUCGGAGCGGCACAAGUACAAGUGCGAGGUGUGCCACAAGGAGUUCAUGAGCUUUGAAUACUUCAAGGUGCACAAGAAGAUCCACAACGAGAAUGUCAACCUCACCUGCGAGAUCUGUGGCAAGGUGUUCAGUGCCCUGGCCUCGCUGCGCGGCCACUCGAAACUCCAUUCGGGUGUCAAGCUGCACAAGUGCGAUGUCUGCGGCAAGGGAUUUGGCCAGCGCUACAACCUAAAGAUCCAUGCCCGCACCCAUACGGGCGACUUCCCAUUUGAGUGCAAAAUAUGCAAGAAGAAGCUCCACACACAAUCCUCGCUGCAAACGCACAUGCAGGUCCAUCUCAGGGACCAGCCGACGGCAGUGGCCACGCAGCAGGCAAAGGCUAGCAAUGCCAGUGCCAGUGGCAGUGCCAGCAGCCAGAAUGUGGGGAGCACCACCAAUACUAAUACCAAUACCACCACCACCACCACGAGCACCACCCACACCAGCAGCAUCAGCGGCGGCAGCAACUCGAGCAACAGCAACAGUGCGACAAGCGCUACGGCCACAACGAUCGUCAAACUGGAGCCGCCAAGCGAUAUGGAUAUGCCCAGCACUAGCACAAGCAACAGCAAUCAGCUGCAACAGCAGCACCACUCUCACCACCACCAACAACAACAGCAACAGCUGCAGCAGCAGCAUCAUCAGCAGCAGCAGCAGCAGCACCACCACCAAAUGGAAUUGGACGACCAUUCUGGCCUCAGUGGGGACGAGGAUGUGAACUCUUCCUCGCAUAUUGUCAACUCAACCACCAAUCGCUUGACCACCGGUGAGGACUCAUCCAAUGAGUCCUCAAAUGCCUCGCUACUCAAUCAGCCGCACUCCUCCUCAUCCGCAGCUAGCAUCAGCUCCUCGCAUUCACCAUCUAUGCUGCAGCAGCAGGUGCCGCCUGCAGCAUCGUCGCAGUAUCUCAUGUCCACGCCCUCACGGACGAUUGUCAUCAAGAACUACAUGCAGCAACAGCAGCAACAUGCACCAGCGGGACAGGGACAGCAUCAUCAACAGAACGCUUCUGAUCAGGGUGCUGUACUCCAUACGCAGGUCAUCCAAAGCGGUGCAGGCACCAGCAACAGCAGCAGCAACAGCAGCAGCAAUGGCAGCGGGAACGCCAUCGUUAGCAAUGGUGCACAGCAAUUGAUACGCAAGACGCCCAUCAUUCAUCACUCAACGAGUGGCAGUGGCACACUGAGCUCCGCUUUGGCCAGCGUGGUGCAGCAACAACAUACAGGAGGAGUGGGAGUUGGUUCGCCCGCUCAAUCGCCACAGUCAUCAUCGUCAACGUCUUGCUCCUCCACCACUGUGCUGGUGUCAAAGGCCACGGGUGUACCCCUAUCGAUAGCAUCUUCGGCAGCGGCGGCGGCUGCGCUGGCCGGCUCAACCAUCAUACGGAGCACACGCAAUCAUCAUCAUAUACAGCAACAGCAGCAACAGCAGCAGCAGCAUAGCAACAGCCAGAGUCAGCAGCAACAGCAGCGUGGAUCAGGAGCUGGCACGCAGCAGCGCAAUAACCACCGAAAUCACCACCGACGUCGUCAUCUUGCAGACAUGGACGAUGAUGACGAUGACGACGAGGAUGAAGACGCAGCCACAGCAGCCGCUCAAUUGCAGUUGCAGCGCCAUGGCCAACAUACGUCAAUGUCCGUCAGCCCCCACCACCACCAGCAACAGCAGCAGCAGCAGCACCAUCAUUCGCAUCAGCAGCAACAGCAGCAGCUCCAUCAUCAUCAUCAUCACAAUCAUCAUUUCGAUGAUGACGAUGAUGAUGAGAAAUCAUCACCGUCCCUGGCCACAGCGGCCAUCAAGGUGGAACCGAAUCUCUAUUCCUCCGGCUCCGGCGACAACUCUAACGAUAUGUUCAUCAAAGAGGAGGUGAUGUUCGAGGAUUCGGCCGCCCCACAUUCACCACAAUCGCCGCCCAGCUCAAAGUUUCGCAUCUCGAACUUUGAUAGCGAUCUGGUCGAUCAUCAUGUCGAUUUGAAUCACUCGCUACCGCCGUAUGGUAACCUGUUUGAGCCGCAUUCGAUACCCGAUAGCAUACCCGUGCAACUCUAUCCGGAUGAUGAUGAUGACUUUCGGCUGGACCAUAGCUCGCUGGGUGGACUGCAUAAUACAUCGUCAUCGACAACAGAUGGCGACUUUAUCAAAAAGGAAUGGGUCUAUGGCACUGGCACCAGUUCCUAUGCCAUGAAUGGCAAAUUCGAUGAUGACAGCGAUGCCCUAUGCGAUGCUGCUAAUUUCAUAUACAAUUGAGAGAGUGUCGUCGUCUCGCAAUUGUCGGGCAGGCCAGAGAGGAGCGACAGGAAAGGAAAUAGCAACAGGAUAUGGAAAUGGAAAUGCAUACGCACAUUUUGGCAAGACAAUUGCUUGGAUAUAUAUAUAUAUAUAUAUGUAUAUGUAUAUGAUAUAUAUCUCUCUCUAUCCCUGGUCACCUCUUCUGUGACACCUUUUAAAUGCAAUCAAUAACACCCAGCCCAACACACCACCACACACACACACCAACAACAUAGAUAUACAUGUAUAGAUUGAUAUAUGUGUGUAUGUAUAUGUGUAUAUAUAUAUAUACAUGCCACACACACACACACCUCUAGAUAAUUUGCUAUCUCCGUGUUGCGCUCGUGAUGAUCUUAACGUGAUCUUAAGUCUAGAUAUGUGUAGAGUGUAGAAUUUUGAUAUACUCUAUCUCUCUCUCUCUCUUUCUGUUUUACCUUUUUUUCGCCUAACCCCCCCAACCACCCGAAUUUCCUGUGUGUCGCCCUACUUCUAUGUGUGUCGUCAUUUUAUUUAAUCUCUCUCUGUCUCUCUCUGUUGUAGUUUUUUGUGCAUAUUGACCUCUCACUCUAAGUCGCUCACCAUAUAUAUUUCCGUCUCGCUCUCUCUGUCUGUCUUUGCUGUCACUGUCUCAUUCUCUGAUGUUUUGAGUAUAGAGUACUCCCUCCUCCCACGAAGCCUCACAAAAGGAAAACCACUUACUUGCUCGUCUUCCUCAAUGAUGUGUAGUGUAAACGAGACCUGAUCCUCCCCCCUCCCCCUCACCCAACUCCUUCUCCAAACCAGCCAUUCUGAAAUCUGCUAAAAACAAAGAAACAGGAAGAAAAAUUGUAUGUAAAACAAUCAUUUUUAUUGUUAUAAGGUAUUUUUUAUUUAUAUAUUGAGAAAUCUUUCUAUAUAUGAUUAGCGUCCAGAACGCACGAUAUGCAAGAUAUAGUAAUUAUACAUAUACUAUAUAGAAGCUCUAUAUAUAAUUUUGUAUACGAUCCAAUCCUAAGUUUAAUUAGUUUUUGCAUUUGAUCUCUAACUUCCACAUAAAUUUGGCUUUAAUAUUUGCAACCCAAAAACAAAAGAAUUGUAGUUCCUGUUUAAUGGCAAAGAAAACUGGAGGAAAUCGUAUAAUGAUUUUAUAUAUACAACAUAUAGAUUAUGCGCUUAAAUUGUACAGAUAUAUGUAUCUUGUAUAUGUGUAUGUAUGAUGAUUAUGAGAUGGCUUGUGGCUGGCCUUCUCUAUAUGGAAAGAUCUCUCAUUCUCGUUGUGUCACUACUAAAAAGAUUGUUCAGUAUUUUGAUCCCAAAAAGAAAAGAAAAAAAAACAAUCGAAACUGAAAGCAAAAUGAUCUAUAUAUAGUACAUAUAUAUAACGAAUCUGCACGCACUCUGAUAUGCUUUAAUUUUAUUCGAUUCGAUUUUGAUUAUUUGACUUACCUAAAGCGCAGUAUUUGUUGGUCCUUUUAUUCGAGAAUCCAUUAAUUUUUUAUUUUAUUUUACAGCACACACACACAUCCUAAUAUAUAAAUAUUUAGUUUUUAGUGUAAUUAGAUCCUUUUUUUGUGUUUUUUUUUUCUUUGUAUAAUUUUUUUAAGAAUUCAGUGCUCGAUUUGUGCCGCUGCUUGUAUAACAGCGCCGCUACCUUAUAAACCUGUUCUAAUGUGCAAUCUCUCGCUUGCCCCCCUACCCCCAAAUCCUACCCUCUACCCGCAAACCCUACCCUCUACCCGUCUCACACGAACCCUUAAAUAGUUGCUAAGUUCUUCAGAUUCACACAAAUAUUUAUAUAUAUAUAUAUUCUCACAUGUAUGAUUUGCAUUAAAUAUAUAUAUUAUAUAUGUAUGCGUACAGAUAAACUGUAGCUAAGCGUAAGCCCCUACCCUACCCAUUUGUGUGUAGUCUCAUAACCUGAAAGAGCAUGGUUUUAGCCCUAGCUUUACCUUAACACACGAAACUGCUUGUAAAAACAUAUUUAACACAAAAGAAGAACACAGACACACACACCACACCCUCCAUAUAUACAUACAUAGAUAGAUCUUUAGCGUUAACAAUUUUAAUUUGCAUUUACAACUUUUUUUGUUUGUUUGUGUACUCGUUUGUAUUUUUCCUCCUUCGUUUGCAGAGAGACAAACAAUUAAAAAUAAUUUAAGAUAAAAAGAAAAGCAAACAGGACGCAACACAUGCAUAUAUAUAUAUAUAUAUAUUUAUAUAUUGAACAAUGUAUGUGGGAUCGGAAGAUGAUGAUGCAAUAAGAGGAGUACAUUAAACAGAAACUUCUAUCAAAAGCAUUUAAUGUUAACAAAAAGAAAAAAAAGAAAAUUCAUAAUAAAUCGAUAUAAAUUAAAUACAAAAAUAUAUAUAAAGUAUACAAAUCUAAAGAAAAAAUUAGCCAACAAUUUUAAAAUGUAGCUGAAGAAUUUUAAUUUUUUUGUUUGAAAUUUGUGUUGGUUUUUGCGUAGAAGAUACAAAUUUGUCCCCCAAUCCCCCCAUUCAUUUAUUUUGUGCAUUUUACGCUGCUGCUUUUUUGCGCAUCAUAUUAACAUAAAUGUUUAAUAUUGGUAAUUGUUGUUGCUUGCCAUUUUGUUUGUUACUAAAAGAAAUAUAUUACCAAGAACAUUAAGUACACACGCACACAAACAUAUGCACAUACACAUACGUGUCUAUACGUACGUAUAGAGAAAAGCUCAAAGAAAAAUGAAAAAUAAUACGCGCAAAAAGAAUACGUUUUACAUUUGAAACCUAACUUUAUGGAUUUGUCUUCCGCACGCACGUUCAAACAGUUCUUCGAUUACGUUCGAAUGUUGUUCGAUGUAUGUACAAAUUGCCAAUCGUAAUGAUAUCGAUCAAGCCGACGAUUGACGAUAUCAAACGAUAGCCGCUAGCUAACCCAGCCCUCCCCUCCCCCUCGCCGUUUACAUUGCAUUCUUUGCUGGAAGAGUGCCCAGCAAGAAAUCAGAACGAGACAAGUAAAAGUGGCAGCAAAAUGCCUUCAAAAAUGGUGAGAACUGCCCCCUGCCUAAGUCCCGCAAACCCAUAAGCCACCAACUCAUUUGCCGCCAGCAUUCUGAAUAGAAAAAUAAAACCACAGAAGAAGGAGUCCUCCAAGUCCCCCCCCCCCCUCCUGCCCGUAACAAAUCUCAGUUGAACUAAUGAAACAGAAGCAAUUUAAAAUUAAAUUAAAUAAAAGUUAUACAUUUUUGUACAUUUGAAAACUGAAAUAGAGUUACAAAACAAAAAG